AUGGCAAUUGUUCCCGGCCACGUGGCGUUCAAGAUGGCAUGCCUGGUCCUCUUCGCGGCGGUGAUGUUGUCGUCGCCGCCACAAAUCGAGGCGGCGAUGGCGUGCGGGACGGUGACGAGUAUGCUUGCGCCGUGCUACGAGUACGUGCUUGGCAAGGCCGCCGUGCCGUCGGGAAACUGCUGUGCCGGAGUGAAGUCGCUGUACCACCAGGCCAGCACGACCGCCGCCCGCCGGACUGUGUGCGAAUGCCUGAAAUCCGUCACGAAAACCGCCUCACGAACCACCGUCGCCAACGCCAAGGCGCUGCCCGGAAAAUGCCGGGUUUACAUUCCCUACCAAAUCUCGCCAUCGAUUAAUUGCAACAAGUAA